ACCCAGUAAGUAAUUCUUAUAAUACGACUCUUAUAUUCACAGUAGACGACAAGCAAGUUCCCUACAGAGAUUCACCCUGCGAAGCGCGAACGCCUGUCAACUUCUCUCUCUGAGUUCCACUCUUCCACCGUUUUCGUGAUCCACUACUAACUCUACCUUACAGUCUCUCUCUCUACCGUCGAAUCAACAGUUCAGUAUGAGCUUCAGGGGACGCAUUGUGCGGUGGUGAAAUUGGGCAAUCCCCUUGAGAAGAAAUUCUCCGGCGAUCCUAGAGUAGUAUACACAGGUAGUAAACAGAGAAUUAUCAGCUGUUUAUAGUUGAUCUGGUAUUAUUUUGCUACAAAAUGGCUUCUAAUGCAACUGUCAAAUGUCCACCGCCCAUGAAGGCUACCUCAAAUGGGGUCUUCCAAGGAGAUGAUCCUCUCCACUUUGCACUUCCUCUUUUGAUACUACAGAUAUGCCUGGUCGUUGUGCUUACACGAGUACUUGCAUAUCUUCUCAGGCCAUUAAGGCAGCCGCGUGUUAUUGCUGAGAUUAUUGGAGGAAUUCUACUAGGUCCAUCAGCUUUAGGCCGUAACCCAAAGUAUCUUCAUGCUAUUUUUCCACCCCAGAGCCUCACAGUUUUGGAUACCAUUGCCAAUCUUGGUCUCCUAUUCUUUCUAUUUUUGGUUGGUCUUGAGCUGGAUCCAAGGGCUCUCCGUCGGACUGGGAGAAAAGCACUAAGUAUUGCACUUGCAGGAAUCACUCUCCCAUUUGCUUUAGGAAUUGGGACAUCAUUUGUGCUCAGAGAAACUAUUUCCAAAGGCGUAAGUCAUGGCCCAUUUCUGGUAUUCAUGGGAGUUGCCCUCUCUAUCACUGCAUUUCCUGUCUUGGCUCGUAUUCUGGCUGAGCUUAAGCUUUUAACCACUGACGUUGGUCGAAUGGCCAUGUCUGCUGCUGCAGUCAAUGAUGUAGCAGCUUGGGUUCUACUUGCCCUGGCAAUUGCCCUAUCAGGCACUGACCAAUCUCCCCUUGUUUCACUAUGGGUCUUCUUCUGUGGGUCAGGUUUUGUAGUGUUAUGCAUAUUCUUGGCUCCUCCUAUUUUCAAAUGGAUGGCACAGCGAUGUUCUCAAGGUGAGCCAGUAGAUGAGAUAUACAUAUGUGCUACAUUGGCUGCUGUUUUGGCUGCUGGAUUGGUCACUGAUAUAAUUGGAAUUCAUGCACUUUUUGGGGCUUUUGUGCUUGGAGUUCUCGUCCCAAAAGAGGGACCAUUUGCUGGCGCCCUUGUGGAAAAGGUCGAGGAUCUUGUAUCUGGCCUGUUUCUUCCUCUGUACUUUGUGUCAAGUGGACUCAAAACAAAUGUAGCCACCAUUCAAGGGGUUCAAUCGUGGGGUCUUCUUGUAUUGGUUAUAUUUACAGCAUGUUUUGGAAAGAUUGUUGGCACUGUUGUGGUUUCUCGCUUCUGCAAGAUCCCUUUCAAAGAGGCACUAACUCUUGGUUUCCUUAUGAACACUAAAGGUUUAGUCGAGCUCAUUGUCCUGAACAUUGGGAAAGACCGUGGGGUCCUGAAUGAUCAAACUUUCGCCAUUAUGGUUUUGAUGGCUUUAUUCACAACAUUUAUAACUACUCCUAUUGUUUUAACCAUAUACAAGCCAGCUCGAGUGGCUAGAUCGGAAUACAAGCACAGAACUAUUCAAAGAAAGAAGUCAUAUACUCAACUCAGACUGUUGACCUGUUUCCACAGUACAAGAAACAUUCCCACUUUGAUUAAUCUCAUGGAGGCUUCACGUGGUACUGGAAUUAGGGAGGGACUUCGUGUCUAUGCGAUGCACCUGAUGGAGCUUUCUGAACGAUCAUCUGCAAUUCUGAUGGUUCACAAGGCUAGAAAGAACGGGAUGCCGUUUUGGAACAGGGGCCAUGAUUCUGAUCCGAAUCAGAUCGUUGUUGCAUUUGAGGCUUUCCAGCAUCUCAGCCAAGUGUCAGUCCAACCAACAACCGCAAUCUCAUCGAUGUCUAGCAUGCACGAGGACAUUUGCAAUAGUGCUGCAAGGAAGAAAGUGGCAAUGAUUGUCCUCCCUUUCCAUAAGCAUCAGAGAGUUGAUGGACGCUUGGAGACCACACGAGCUGAGUUGAGGCAUGUUAACAGGAGGGUUCUUGAGCACGCCCCGUGUUCAGUCGCCAUCUUAGUUGAUCGGGGUCUUGGUGGAACGUGUCAUGUAGCUGCAAGCAAUGUUGACUACACCAUCACGACCUUCUUCUUUGGUGGCCCUGAUGAUCAUGAAGCUCUUUCCUAUGGAGCACUCAUGGCUGAGCACCCUGGCAUAAGUUUGAACGUUGUUCAUUUCACUGUGGACCCAAAGAUAGUUGGGGACACUGUCCAGCUAGAUAUGGACGAUCUGCAUAUCCCUGAUGCUAGAUCAAAUGAUGAAGUAUUUCUUGCAGAAUUCAAACAAAAAGUAUCCAAGGAUGGUUCCAUCAGAUUCAAAGAGACCGUGGUCAGCAAUGCUGCAGAAGCAGUUGAUGUGAUUCACACAUAUAACCGUAGUAAUCUAUUUCUGGUAGGAAGAACGCCAGAGGGACAACUAGUUGGAGCUCUUAACACAACAAAGGAGUGCCCCGAACUGGGGCCAGUCGGCAACCUGUUGAUAUCCCCUGAAUUCUCGACAUCAGUUUUGGUGGUGCAGCAGUACCGUAGCCAGCUAACUGGAGAUUCACUAAACUCACUAAAGGCAGAAGAUACUGCUGAGGCAGAGUCAGAUUCACAAUGAUUUGGCAUGUAAAUUCUCAAAUAAUUAGUCUAAUCAUUUGGAGAAGAAUGGAUCAUUUGGGUGACAUAAGGAAUUCUUUUGCUGCA